CAAGUUUCAAGAUGUCAAAGAAGCUGUUGCUCUUAGACGUUGACUGUGGAGUGGAUGAUGCGCAAGCAAUUAUGAUGGCUCUUGCAGCUCCUAAUGUGCAGAUCCUGGGUAUAACAUGCGCUCAUGGAAAUACAAACAUUGAAAAUGUGUGCAAGAAUGUACUUCGAGUGCUAAAAGUUUGCCAGAGGACAGAGAUUCCUGUAUAUCGUGGUGCAGAUGCAUCUAUUCUGGAAGAUCAGCUAAAUGGUGGCCAGUACCAUGGAAAGGAUGGUCUAGGUGAUGUUCCAGAUUGUAAUGCUCCAGGUUUGGAACACAUACAAGCUGAACAUGCAGUAAAUGCCAUCAUAAGAACAGUCACUGAACAUCCUGGUCAAGUCUCACUUGUGGCUACUGGCCCCCUGACCAAUGUUGCUCUGGCAUUUAAAAUGGACCGCACCUUUCCAUCGAAGUUAAAGCAUUUAUACAUCAUGGGAGGAAACAUGGAAAGCAGGGGGAAUGUUGCAAUCUGUUCUGAAUUUAACUUCGCAGCAGAUCCUGAAGCAGCUUAUAUUGUCUUGAAUCAUUUUGUGUGCCCCAUGUACAUAGCGACUUGGGAAUAUUGUCUUCGUCAGGCGCUGCCUUGGGAGUUUUUUGAGGAGUGGGUAAACCAAGACACUGAGAAAGCUUCCUUCAUGAAGAAGAUAACGGCACACAGUAAAAAAUUUGCCAAAGGCAAGCAAAGCAAAGGAGAGAUGUAUUUUGAACCUGGCUUUGUGUCCUGUGAUUCUUUUGCAAUGGCAGCUGCAAUUGAUGAGAGUGUUGUCACACAACACAUACGAUAUGGAGUAAGCGUGGAGUUACAAGGUUCAGUGACCAGAGGAAUGAUGAUUGUGGAUACACUUAACCUGCUGCAAAAAGAAAAUCAAGCUUUUAUUAUGACAAAAUGUGAUGUUGAGAAGUUAAAGCAGCUCAUGAUGUCUGCUCUGAAGUAGCAGGCUUAAUAACACUAGCAAGAAGAAAAUUGAUCACAGAUAUCAGUAGACUUUCUAGAGAGCACAGUGUGAAUUUGCCUUUAUUGGCAAGUUACUUUUCCUGUUUUCUAUAAAAUUGCUCGAAUGUUUCUUUCACUGCUUCCUAUUUAUGCCACUUCCCUUACCAUUUUCUCCUAAAAGCAUAGGGUAGGACUCAUUAGAUUGUAGGGUCUCUCUUCUAAAUCAUCCAAGCUGUUCACUUUCGUGUUUGACUUCAGGUUUUGAAUAUUGGCAGACUAGUGCUAAUGUUCACAGCUAAAUCAGAUUUGCCCAAUGAAAUAACUCCAAGUCAUCCUUUAUUUACACAUGGAAACUCCUUGACUCUAGCACUGCCUCGUCAGAGACAGCACACAGAGUGAGUGGAAUCUCUGACACUCCUGUUCUUAUCUGUAAACCAGGGCUCCCUGUUUGGACCAGAUUAAUAUCUCCAAUCAAGGAAUGCAAUUUCUAUGAGGUCUAGUUGGGUGACGUUGAUUCAAUCACUAUACUCAAUUUCUACUUGAGCACUCUAGGCCUGGUCACUGGAUAGUCACAGCAGCAGAAAGCUUUGUUGAGUUUAUUUUGCUUCCAAGGAACAGUUAUAAUGCUUCUAAUGCAAGAUAAACUAUUUCAAUUCAGAGUAGAAAUCUGAUGUACUAUCUUUACUGACUGACUUAGUGUGUAAAGACAGAUGAUAGCAAAGUAAUAAUGGUACAAUUUUUAAUGCAUAUAGUGUCUUUAAUGGAAUAAAAGUUCCCACAGAUAUUCACAGAAGGUUAAUGGAUUUUUAAAAAAAACAUGCUGAGAUAUGAAAGUACACAUGACCAAAAACUUGACAAAAGUGAUCAAUUUUGAAGACUGUCUUAAAAGAGAAGAGAGAGAUGGAGAGAUUUAGAGAGCGAAUUCCUUGGACGAGCUAUUGUCAUAGACCAGACCAAACCCCAUCAAAAUAUAUUAAGAAGAUAGCCUAGACUGUAACUUUGUCUUAUUUUAAGGGGGAGUGCCAGGCAUUGCAUU